GUAAUCAUUCAUCACGAUAUCGAUAUAUCGCCCGGACCCCCAGAACAUUCCCCCCAUGCCGAUUUUAUCCCUAAUUUAGUCUCGGCGGAUUCCCACCCAUCAGUCAGCUCUCCACUAUCAUACACCAGCUACCGACCAGGGAGGAUGAAGGCUAACACGUGGUUCCUCGGAAACACGUGAAGCCAGCCAACCAUAUCUUUUCGAACCGCCGCUCAAGCGAUGUCACAGGGUGGCGUAACACACUCGGAGGAAAGCGCUAUCCGCCCUCUUCCUCAUACAUAACCUCACAGAUGCCUGUGAUUGGAUAAUAUCGCUGUGAUUGACAGGGGGGAGAGAGAGUAUGCCCCGCCCACCUUGAGAGCACCACCAGUUUGACUCUCUUGAACUCCUGACCAUGAAUGGCUGUGGCCAGGGGAGGAAUAGGUCAUACUGGAGAGCUGAGGAACUAUAAAAGAGCUCUGAGGAUGCUGAGAAACCCAGCGUGGGACCUGAUACAAUUUCAUCUCAUCUUUGCUCAUCUUGCUAUCCAGUUCUCUCAUCCAGUUCUUGCCAUUUGUGCCGUCAUGUAUAAAGAGAUCGUGCUGACUCUGAGCCUGCUGGUGAUGCUGGCGUGCCAAGCUCAUGCCACCGAGGGUCACCCCAUCUACGGCGUGAAGCUGUGCGGGAGGGAAUUCAUCCGCGCCGUCAUCUUCACCUGUGGAGGCUCACGCUGGAGAAGAUCCGUGGGGAUGCCAGGAGAAACCGGUGAUUUCUCCAGCGACUUUCUCUCCACACACGAUGAUGAGGCCAGUGACAGCUGGAGCUCCCAACUCAUCCCUCACCUUUCUUACAAAGCUCAGGCUGACCCGGAGGGGGACGGCUUGGCCAGUGAGGGCCCGGAGAGCUUAGCGCUCAUCCGCCCGGCACGCUCACUCAUCUCGGACGAGGUCCUUGAGGCUCUGCGCACCUCCGACAGGAAAGGGAGGGACGUGGUGGUGGGCCUGUCCAACGCCUGCUGCAAGUGGGGCUGCAGCAAGAGCGAGAUCAGCUCCCUGUGCUAAAACAGACUCUUCCUUUCCGUCGCCAUUCCUCCAUGAGUGUCCAUCUCAGACUGCAGUGUUGAUGUCUCUAAUGUUCGCUGUUGGUGUGUUAGGUGGUCUAAUUUGAAUACAGCAGCUGGGGUGUAAUGUAUUAAAAUUUAUGCAAGUGUGGUGCGUCUGUGAAAGAAAAUAUUUCUCUGUGU